CUGGCAGGUGAAGUGGGAGGAGGGGAGCAACAGCGAAUGAAUAUAAAUUACUCUGGAAAAGUAUGACAACAGAGGAAAUACAGCAUGUGACCCCAGAUACAAACAGUUUAUCCUCCAUCAAAGUGAACCUCAGCUGUCCACAAGGUUGUUCUCGUACCUUUGCCAAUUCCUCUGCUCUUAGGCUUCAUCUUAGUCAGGUGCACCACCAUGAGACAGAGUGUACUACAUCAUCCAAUACAGAUGUGUGGUACCACUGUCCUGAAGCUUCAUGCAUCUAUCACAUAAGCUUUGGUAUUAAUGGGAAGCAUUUUUCUAAGCUCAAAUAUGUGAAACAGCAUUACCUUAAAGUUCAUGCCACUCGGCAUCAUGGGUGUGAAUGUGGCCAAGCCUUCAGCACUGCAGCACAUCUGGCCCAGCACCGACGAGCAUGUGGACUUGAUCUGGUGUGCACCUGUGGUCGCUCUUUUCAAGCACUGGAAACACUACAGACUCACGUGCGACGAUUUAGCCAUGCCAUUACACAGUCCACUCUUCAGGCCUUGAGGUCAAGGAAAAACUUACUGGCUGAAUCAAUGACAAGAUCACAAUCUUUUGCUGGGUCUCCACCACAGGCUGUCAUUGCUCAUCAUAUUCCUAUCAAGUAUCAGAGAAUAGAUGAAAGGAAGGAGGAGAACAUAUCACUGUCCUCCACCUUUCCUACUUCAAUUGCUCCAGCAUCAGCUACCAUCUGUUCUGCAACUGCCACACUUAAUCCUGUUACUCCUGUUCACCUGCGGCAACCAACCCAUCUGCUUGCAGCUAUUGCACUCAGUGAACUUGCUGCCACGUCAAUUAAAAGGCUACCAUGUGUGGAUGUUGGCAUACAAACAGACCCUGAACAUCAUGGGAAGCGUGCCCGACGGAAAUCAUGUAGUCCAGCAAAAUGUUCAGAAUACUUAGGAGUCAGCACAAGCAGUCGGCAUUUUGGGAAGCGGAAGAGAACCGCUGAAACUCAAACAAGGUUAACACACAGGGACAGCAAAUAUGUGCGCAGUGGAUCACACUGUGCUCCAUCGCCCUUAAAUAUGCCUGGCAGUAACAAUGAAAGUAUUCCUAGUCAUAGCUACAUUGAAGAUUGUAAUAAUGAAAAUGGGUCACUUGGAGGCCUUUCAUUACAGGUUGACUUACCAGAAUUUAUCAGCACACAACAGAGCACAUCAGGAACACAAACAAGUCCUCGAGUAGGAGGAAUUACACAACCUAGUCUCCAUGAUUUUACAAUUUCAUUUUUUGAUCGAGCCUGUGGAGAGGAUGAACCUGGAAUAAGUCCAUCACUAACUACUAUAACAUCAACACAAACAUCUGAUGAUCUUGAUUCCUUUGAGUCAUCACAGCUAUUAAUUCAAGAGGAUGAGGAACUUUUAGGUGUUGUUGGAGAUUCUACUGCAGCUACUAGGCAACGGCCUCCUUCUCUGGGUCAUAUACGCUCUUCAAGUAUUGAAACUCAGACUGAUCAUGAUGUUCUUCUCAGUAAAAAUGCCAACACUCCUGAUGAUGUUGAUGGAAUCAUCCUGACAAAUAAUGAAACUCAGACAGAUCCAAGUAACCUUCUUAUUCCAAAUGUUAGUCAUUCAUAUCAAAAUCCAGGAUCAUCUGAAGGAUGCCAUAUCCAUGAAGGGGACAGUUUGUGGUGUACCAGUGAAACUCAGACAUAUGAAGAUUUCUCUGAUAUUGAACAAUUCAUGCGCUCAACAAUUCAUACACAGACACCAGAUAACAGCCACAGUGAACUAUUUCCUGAGCUUUCCUUCACUCACACUCAAACUCAGACAAGUCUUGAUGAUCCACCUUCACUUGUCACAACACAUACACAGACAUCCCUUAAUGAGUUGUAAAUAUAUAUAUAUAUAUAU